GUUGAUAGGAGGGGGGAAUGGGGCGGAAGGGCUGUGACGGUGUCAGCUGCCAGAGGAAUAGCUGAGCUGUGUAGUGUAAAACUCUCUGACAGUGAGUGCUCGACUGUGAUUCGAACAACACCUUUUGUGCCGAGUUUCUCCUAACGUAAAUCACCAACAUGUCUCUUCCAGCUCAACUAAAAGAGCUAUUCAGCUAUGUGGAUAAACACAAGGAGGAGUACAUCAAGAUUUUGGAAGAGGCUGUUGCCAUUCAGUCUGUUUCUGCUGAUCCUGAAAAGCGAGGUGAAACCAUCCGUAUGGUAAACUGGACUGCAGAGAAGCUGAAGAAGCUUGGUGCUAAUUUGGAACUGUGUGACAUCGGAAAUGAGACUCUGCCUGAUGGCAAGCAAAUCAAGUUACCACCUGUGAUUUUGGGAUCCAUUGGCAAUGAUUCUUCUAAGAAAACCGUGUGUAUAUACGGUCAUUUGGACGUACAACCAGCAGCUAUUGAGGAUGGAUGGGACACUGAGCCCUUUGUUCUAACUCGGAAAGAUGAAAAGCUCUAUGGUAGAGGUUCAAGCGAUGAUAAAGGCCCUGUACUUGCAUUUAUCCAUGCCAUUGAAGCUUUGCAAAAGUCUAAGCAGGGUCUCCCAGUCAAUGUCAAAUUUGUAUUUGAAGGCAUGGAAGAAUCUGGAAGUGAGGGUUUGGAUGAUUUGCUGAACUCCCGUAAAGCUUAUUUCCAAGAUGUUGACUACGUGUGCAUCUCUGAUAACUAUUGGCUGGGAACUACAAAGCCAUGCAUUACGUAUGGUCUCAGAGGAUUGAGCUACUUUGGUGUUGAAGUUGAAUGCAGUUCCAAGGAUCUUCACAGUGGUGUAUACGGAGGCACAGUGUAUGAAGCUAUGCCCGAUCUUAUUUAUAUGCUUCACAACUUAACUGAUGACAAAGGUGAAAUUAUGAUUCCUGGCAUCAUGGAUGAUGUAGCUCCACUUGCUAAAGGAGAGGAAGAAAUUUAUAACGACAUUGAAUUUGAUGUUCCUGCAUAUCACGCUGAAAUCAAUGCUUCUGAACUGCGGCACAAAGGAGACAAGACUAAACUUUUGAUGAGCAGAUGGCGUUAUCCAUCCCUCUCUGUUCAUGGCAUCCAGGGAGCUUUCAGUGACCCUGGAGCAAAGACUGUUAUCCCUCGUAAAGUUAUUGGCAAGUUUUCUAUUCGCUUGGUGCCAAAUCAAGAUCCCAACAAAAUUGAUGAGUUAGUUGUCAAAUUCUUGAAUGAGAAGUGGAAGAAGCGUGGCAGCCCAAACAGAUUUAGGGCCUAUGCUCUUCAUAGCGGGCGUCCCUGGACUAGUGAUCCAUCUCAUCCCCAUUACCAGGCAGCCAUCAAAGCUACUGAACAUGUCUACAAAGUAAAGCCUGACCUUACUAGGGAGGGAGGCUCAAUCCCUGUCACCCUCACACUUCAGGAGGUGUCAGGCAAGAACGUUCUUCUCUUGCCUGUUGGAAUGGGUGAUGACAGUCCUCAUUCUCAGAAUGAGAAACUCAAUGUCCGCAACUACAUUGAAGGAACAAAGCUUCUUGGAGCUUACUUGUAUGAGUGUUCUCAGUUGUGAAAUGCUGUGUGAAUCGUGUUGCGUGGUACAUAUUUCUAUGAAAUAUCAUUGAACCCAUGUCAGCUUGUGACCCAUUUUUACAAAAACUUGUACAAUAAAAUUCUAUAUUCAUGUGA